UAAAUCUAAAAUUCCUCACAAAUGGAUUUCUACACAAGACCGUGACUCAAAACCAAAAGAUCUUUCUCAGUACUACCCAUCUCUCACUAAGAUCGAAAAGAUCCUUUUAAAAUUUCGGUCUAAAAGGCUAAAAGAGCGGCUUUGGCUUAUAGGCAAAGAAUGGAAACAUGAUCUAAAUAUUAUUGAAAAAAUUGUCAAAGACAUUUCAUAUCCUUCUUGUAUAAACUCACCAAAUUAG